CGACACUUCCCGUUGCUUAGCGGCAUUAAGUAUGUUGACGCUUGCAUGCUAGGUCUGUUUACGUACACAUGUGCAGCUAGUUAGCAUUUUUGUUUGAAACAAAACAACACAAAACAACACAAAACAAAGUACAGCGAGCUUUACCUACAUGUGAGCUGUAGUCAAAAUGGGAAAGCCGAAAAAGAAGAGUGACCUGAGCCGGGCUGAACUGAUGAUGAUGACGAUUGCAGACGUCAUCAAACAGUUGGUUGAGGCUCAUGAGCAGGGGAAAGAUGUCAACCUUAACAAGUUGAAGACAAAGACCUCGGCGAAAUAUGGCCUCUCAGCACAACCACGGCUAGUAGACAUCAUCGCUGCGGUGCCACCCCAAUACCGACGAGCACUCGUGCCAAAACUGAAAGCCAAACCCAUUCGCACAGCCAGUGGGAUCGCUGUCGUUGCUGUGAUGUGCAAGCCCCAUCGCUGUCCUCACAUCAGCUUCACAGGAAACAUUUGUGUAUACUGUCCAGGUGGACCUGACUCUGAUUUUGAAUAUUCGACACAGUCUUACACAGGCUAUGAGCCGACGUCUAUGAGGGCCAUCCGAGCACGCUAUGAUCCCUACUUACAGACAAGACACAGGGUGGAACAGCUGAAGCAGCUGGGCCACAGCGUGGAUAAGGUGGAGUUUAUUGUGAUGGGCGGCACAUUCAUGGCUCUGCCUGAGGACUACAGAGAUUACUUCAUCCGCAACCUGCACGAUGCACUGUCAGGACACACGUCCAACAACGUAGCCGAGGCCGUCAGGUACUCGGAGCGCAGUAACACUAAGUGCGUGGGGAUCACCAUCGAGACGCGGCCAGACUACUGCCUGAAGAGGCACCUGAGUGACAUGCUGGCGUACGGCUGCACCAGGCUGGAGAUCGGCGUGCAGAGCGUUUACGAAGACGUGGCUCGUGACACCAACAGGGGGCACACGGUGCGAGCUGUGUGCGAGUCUUUUCAUCUGGCUAAAGACGCAGGCUUUAAGGUGGUGUCCCACAUGAUGCCUGACCUGCCCAACGUGGGCAUAGAGCGAGACGUGGAGCAGUUUAUAGAGUUCUUCGAGAAUCCGGCAUUCCGGCCAGACGGCCUGAAGCUUUACCCUACAUUAGUGAUCCGGGGAACAGGCCUGUAUGAGCUGUGGAAGACUGGCCGCUACAAGAGCUACUCACCCAGCACUCUGGUGGAUCUGGUGGCCCGCAUCCUGGCGCUGGUGCCACCCUGGACUCGAGUGUACCGUGUGCAGAGGGACAUCCCCAUGCCGCUGGUUAGCUCUGGCGUGGAACACGGAAACCUGCGAGAGUUGGCACUGGCCCGAAUGAAGGACAUGGGAACCGAGUGCCGAGACGUGAGAACCAGAGAGGUGGGAAUCCAGGAGAUCCAUCAUAAAGUGCGACCAUACCAGGUGGAGCUGAUCCGACGAGACUACGCGGCCAACGGAGGCUGGGAGACGUUCUUGUCGUACGAGGAUCCCGAACAGGACAUCCUGAUCGGGUUGCUGAGGCUCCGCCGCUGUUCACCGCAGUCUUUUCGGCCGGAGCUCAAGACCGCCGUGUCGAUCGUUCGCGAGCUGCACGUGUACGGCAGCGUGGUGCCCGUCAGCAGCCGAGAUCCCAGCAAGUUCCAGCACCAGGGUUUCGGGAUGAUGCUGAUGGAGGAGGCGGAGAGGAUAGCCAGAGAUGAACACGGCUCCGCCAAACUCGCCGUUAUCUCAGGUGUAGGGACUCGGAAUUAUUACAGGAAGAUGGGUUACGAGCUGGAGGGGCCGUACAUGGUGAAACGCCUGGACUGAAAACAGGCCCGUGGUUUUUAUCAGCGUCGCAGCAAGACACAAAAAUGUAUGUGUGUGAGAAUGAGAGAGAGAUGAGAGAGAGAGAUGAGAGAGAGAGAAAUGAGAGAGAGAUGAGAUGUGAGAGAGAAAGAGAAAUGAGAGAGAUGAGUGGGCGAGAGAUGAGAGUGAGUGAGGGAGAAGAGGGGAGAGAGAUGAGUGAGCGAGAGAUGAGAGUGAGUGAGGGAGAAGAGGGGAGAGAGAUGAGUGAGCGAGAGACAUGAGAGCGAUGAGAUGAGACAUAAAGAGAGAUGAGUGAGAGAGAGAGAGAAAUGAGAGAGAGGAGAGUGAGUGAGAGAGGAGAGAGAUGAGAGAAAGUGGCAAGAACAGAUAUUACAGUAAGCUAGGAUGACUUGAGCACGAGUGUAGUUCUUUUAGGGUUGAUUAAACAGUAAGAAAUUCCAUUUUAUAUCUGAAUUGUGCAGCUUAAAUUGCAUUUGAAUCCUUUCACGUCUCCUGGCACUCAGAAUAACUCAUCUGUUCAUUCUCUUCUGUUUUGACAAAUAAAGAAUAUUUAUCUCA